UGGGACAGUUCCGGUUACUUCCCUGAAGGACAGCUUUCGCCAAGUGUCUAGUUUUUCUCGUAAGCUCGUGGCCGUUGACACUGCAGCGUGCGGAUCCCGCAGUGCGUGAGUGUGUGGUUAAUUGGCGAACAUAAUAGACGAAGACGUCAGCUGAGUCGCGUAAACAUUGGCUAAAUAGUUGACUGACGGGACUGUUGACGAUGGCUCCGGUAAACACACGCGCGUAAACGUUCCACGCUGGUCCUGUAAGCAUUCCGUCAUGCGGCGUUUAAUUCUACUGUUCCUACUAACAGGAACGGUGCUUGGCGUCGAAGUACAUUUCGAAAAUAAGGACAGUGGAUUUUUUCUGAAGCACACAGCGAGAUGGAGCGGUUCAGGUCCACCUCCAGAACCUAUGGGGACAGCCCUACCAGGCGCCUUGUUAUCGCUCGAUCGAUUUACAGUACUACAAGGGUCUGCGCCCGCGUCAGUGCGAGCGACAUACGGGCCGUUCUCCACUAAACAAACUGUACCAGCUCGAUACGCAGUGCCCGACCCUUUAGAGCCACCUAGAAGAAACGCAUCUCUAACGGAAUUGCAAGAUGCCACUGCUCACAGACUUGACGUCUCUGCGCACUUGGUGUUUCGAGAGUUACCGCGUGAUGCUCCAGUGCUACGUGUUCUAUUCCACACGGGUGGUGAGGGCGGCGCGCGGCGUGCCGCAACACGACCACGUCGAGUUUGUAUAACGCUACAUGCAAGUUAUGGAACACGCACGUUAACAGCUACAUGUGGCCCUGAAGGUGAGGAGGGUGCGUGUCUUGCUGAAUUAACGGUACCGGCGGCAUGGUGGCCUGCCGAUGGAAAAGGAAAGCGACCACCGAGGACUGUGCGAUUAGCAUACAGCGCGGCUGAAGCUGGUAGUGGAGAGUCCGCCGAAGGUGCAUGUGGCCGUGUCUCUGUACAACCUGCUUGGCCCUUGGGCUCGGUCACGUUAGCCGGAGCUCGUGCUGGAUAUCGAGAAGCUCGAGCUGGUGACGCGGCUCUUUUAUUACCCAGAGCGCCAUUAUAUCCUCACUCUCGACUGCAUCUACCCUUCGUAGUACGUCGCGAUACAAGCCAUACGAUUUCACAUGUGGUCAUCAGAAUGAAGGUGAAGUCUGGUCUGCGCUUGGUGAGCGUGACCGCUGCCAACUCCCGCUGGGCAGUGACCGCCGAGGUGAAGCCUCGAGCUGCCACCGUCACAGCUACAAGGCUGGAACAACCGCUGCGAGACGACGACUCAUCUGACACGGAGUCUGAGGAGAGCAGUGGCGUGGGCGAGCCUGGCUGGGAAGAAAUCCUCACGUGGUUGGUAGAAGUUGGUGCUGAAGGUGAAGGUGACGGGGAAGGAUCGGAGGGAGAGUCAGGGCGUGGAACCGCUCGCAUCAGCUGGUCAGCCAAAGUAUCCUCAGCACCCACUACAACCUCUACCACCGAAGAACCGCCUCACGAACACAGAGUAAAUACAAGACUGGAUAUUGAAAAGGAUGACAUACAAGCUGUUUUGCCAAUCUCUAAGAAUUGGGAAGUGUUAAACACGGCGGUGCUGACAGGGCGUCAAGUGUCGCAGGCAAUGAAAGUGCUGAUCGUGUCGCAAGCGGGACAGGUCGCUGACGUCACGCUGCAGAGCUCCUGCCAUUCGGAGGACGAGAGCGUGCUAAAGGUAUCAUCAUCAUGCAGUUCAGUGUACGUGGACGGGUCGGAAAUCCGUGGCUCAUCGAACGCGUCAGUGAUUGUCAAGUACGGCACGUACACCGGUUUAGCCCGGUUCACAGUCUGGAUGCCGGAGUAUCCUCUAGAGAUUGACGUCGAUGACAACAGACUAUCCCAAAUCAAAGGCUGGAAAGUCCCCGAUGACGCGAACACAAAGGACCGGGCGAGACGGUCACUGUCGGCCAGGGGUUGGGGAGGCGCCCGACCUGACAACACCAACUCUCUGUCUGAACAGCGCUCCUGCAGGCUUCGGUACCAACAGAGCAAUGUUGAGGUGUACGCUAGAUUCCUCGCCAAAGACCACGAUUCAGGUCGCGUGUCCUACUUCGUGUCGCGUCGCACAUGGCUGAAGGUGACUGAGCUGGUGCUGACGAGGGUGUCUGACCCUCGUAUAGCGUCACUGCGGGGCCGAGUGCUACAAGGCCGGAGUACGGGACGCACUGAAGUCCAAGUGCUGUCGCCUAUCACAGGACGAGUGAUCGGUCUCCGUGAGGUUCGCGUAGGCAAUGACAAGGUGUCAAUCUCACGACUACUGGUGCGCGUCAUAUCUGGAUAUCAAAAAACGAUAGUCCUUACUCACUCAUCACACACAGCUAGAAUGUCUUAAACUGCUAAAGUAAAAACAAAAUUAAAAUUCCAGGAAGGUCUACUGGACAUCGACCUGGAGUUCUCAGACGGCAGCCACACGGCGCUGCGUGAUGUGGCCGUGUCUGACUACUUCCUCGUCGUGGAGAGCUUGGACCCUGAAGUGGUGGCCUUCGCACCCAUGUACGCUUCCAGACAUCCACGAGUUAUUGCUGUUGGAGAAGGUAGCGGCGAACUGCUCCGUGUAACCUUACUAACUCCGGAACAAUGCCGUACUGGUCCAUUACGCCGCGUGGCUCUUCCCGGCAAAGGAGACACGAAGACUCCAGCCAACAUCAAGAACAUUCCUGGAGCCAUCGCCACUGCAGCAGCCAGCGUGGAUGUGGACUUCAGUGGAGGAGACGCCCCUCAAAGACCUGAUACACCACAGAAUGAUGACAUCAUGGCGAGGGGCGGCAUGAGAAGCGGCAUGGCUGAGCUUGGGGAUAUUCUUAAAGGCUACCCAUCAUUCAAGGACGAAGGCAACCACGAGCCAACCAUUGCGCAGGCGCAACAAUACAACUCCAUCUAUCGGAACAACCCUGCACCACACUCUCAGCACCAAACUGCACAGACUUCUGUUGUUAUUGGUAUUUACGUGGUGCUAGGCGCAUUCUGUUUUGCGAUCGUGGUGUUCGUGGUAUCGUGCGUAGUAUACGCGACGCGAGUGAAGCCAUCGGGCGGGGAGCGUAUAGGCGGCGGUACUCGAGGGGUGCCGGCCGGCGUCGCUGAGGGGGGACGGUUGCAAGUAGCUGGUCUUGUUGGUACUACCCUCGGCCUGGCCAGAGACAAACCUUCCAGGGAAUCCACUACUAACGCACACGAUUGGGUGUGGUUGGGACGCGCUACGAUCGAGAGGAAUGGCAACCGUCACCCAGCGAAUAGGAAUUCUGCGCAACAGACGGACAACGGCAUCACUGAGAUGAGGAUUACUGCCAACCCUUUGAACUACAAUUAUGUGGACCCGGAGGACGCGAUACGAGAGAAUGGGAACGUUAUGGUGACAAGUUUCGACAACCCUAACUCUAUAGAGUUGCCCUCACAGAACGACAAGAAGGUCAUUGACUCCACGACGUAUUGUAAGAAGUCAUCGCGACACGCGCGCCACCACUCCGGCGACGGACACUGGCAGCCGGACGCCAACAACCCAGACGACUACCGCCCCCCCGUCCCGCCACACAGGAACUCGUCCACACCACAGCCGCACGUCCCAGUACCACCACGGAACCCCAACAAAAUUUUGCCCGAAACAGUCAUGCCACCGACGCGACGAAGCCACUCCCGAAAUCACCAAAAGAAACACGACCGCGAUUACGAGUCCCGACGAUCUCCAGAAAAUGGCCGCCGCUCAGACAGAAUUAUUGAUUUAAACAAACUGGACGCCCCAUAUUUACUGAACCGAGACAUGAAAGACUACAAACGCGACUCGAACCCGGCUCCCCUUAGAAACGAACUUGAAGACAACCCAGUGGAAAAGCUGACUGACAAAGACGACUGCGCACGACUAUUUGAAUUCGAUAACGACGCUCCACUAGUGAUGGAGAACAAGGACUACCGGGAGAUCGUCGGCCUCAACAGAGGAACCGACGACUCCCGAAGGACAUUCGCCAAACCCGAAAGCCCCGACUACAUGCACGACUCUGGAAUCGGCCUACCUGAAGUACAAAUGAGGCACAAGAACAGAUCCAAAGAGUCAAAAGGAGAUUUCGUGGAGGCCGCCAAUAAGAACAAAGGCAGUAGCUCCCCGGAGGUGAAGCGCGCCACGAUAGUGGGCAACCCGAUGUACUCGCGCGCACAGGACGCGCUCGACGCGCCGCGUGACGUCACCAGCGACGCGCUGGGACUGGACGACCUGCACAUGGACUACGAUCAGAUCAUGCAUUAUUUCCACAACCUCAAGGAAUCAAACGCCUGAGUAGAGCAGAUCAUUGCAAAGAUCCGGCAGAUAUUGUCUACGUUUAAAUAUCAGCAUAUCAUCAAAGCUCCGCCAAUCGACGUAUACAAUGCACCCACUGAUACGUCCGGGGCGGCCGGGCUCGAGGCUAGUACCAUUGACUCGCACAACAACAACGCGUGCGCAGACGCACACAUUUACGAAAACGUAAGCAACGGGAACACAGUCGCACCCACCCAAAUGCUCUGCGACUCCAUCGCUCACAAAAAUAAUUUCAUGAAAACUCAAUUGAAAUUCUUGUUAGAGCACCUGAGCGAAGCUUACGAGUAAUGUUGUUGACAGUCAAUGUAUUACCCUCAUACAAUAUGUGUCUCAAAGUGGAUCCUUGCAGUGAUCGAAAUCGAAACUAUACAAAUUGUAACUGUUUUAUACAUAAUAAUAUUAUUAUCGUUAAACGUAUUUACUCUAGUCAUCUACAAAGCUGCACAUAUUUAAAGUACCUAAUUAUGAUAAUUGUGUGCAUGUAGUUAAUACUCAUAAUAUGUCAAUGAAUAUAAUAAAUUAUAAAUAUUACUCACGCAAGGUUUGUCUGUAUAUUGAUAUUAUCUCCUUACGGUAACGGGCUAAUCUAUUGCUGUACACUGAGCGCCGUAUAUCCUUGCCUACGACUCGCGAACCUUAGGAUAUAUUGCUAAUGUAAUAUUCCCAUACCAAAAAAAACGUUGCAUUCGUUCUAGAUCUGUAUAUAUAUUUUUCCACUAGAAGGUAAAAACGCUACCUCACUUUUGUCUUAACUUAGAGCUUAGCUAAUGUAUGCAAGUUAAAAGUAAAAUACAUUUAUUUUAUUAUCUCUCGGAGCAGAAUCACUUUCAUUUCCCGCCUACCGUGUAUUGGAUAACAAAACACAAUAGUUAUUAUGAUUAAGACUGCAAAUCGCCAGUUUCUAGGGAAUAUAGUAUUUAAGUAUAGUAUAAGAAAUACAGAACUAGUCAAAGUAUAUUAUUCUUAUAAUUAAUCUGAGCUAAUUUAUUUGCUCAAUACUAUUCCACUCUCUGAAAUGGCUUUUCUGUCUGCUAAAGUAAAAUCUUAUAAAAUAUUCGAUGUGAACUUGUUCUAUUAAUUUAUUGCUAUGUGUGAAGACAGCCUAAUUAAAUUUAAACGGAAAUUAGUUUCGUUCGUCAGAAAGCACUGAUUUAUUAAUUUAUAGAUUUAUUUAGAUAUCGAUAAAUGAAUAAUUAAUAUAGAAUCAACUGUUUACUGUAAGAUGGUAUUGGAAUUCACAAAUAGCAGUAACACUACACAAGUCAGUACUAAUAACAAAUGGUUAAAGAUGUGAUAAAAUGACUGCUAGGGAUUGAUUUUAUAUGCAGUCUAUUUUAUAAAAUAAAAAGCCAUAUCAUAUAUAAAUGUAACGCUUGUAUGAUAUUGUAAACACAUUAUUAAUUUAUUGAAGAUGUAAAUUGCAUUUACUUGUAAGUUAGUAUGUUAGGCUUUGUAAAUAUUGUUAUGACGUUAUAUAAUUUAUAGGUACUUAUGGUGGAGAUGACAAUGCAGAAUAGAAAAUAUAUGUGGUAGAAAUUGCUUAAAAUAUGGACAGAGUAGAGUUGCACACAAUAUCAUGAGAUGUUUGUCUGUUACAAUUGUACACUAAAUAGUAAAUGUUUUAUCUUGUAUUGUGUAUUAAAUGUGACCCUAAAUGUAAUAAUAGGAGCAGUGGACGACCUUUCCUGUUUACUUUCAGUAACGAAGGAGGCCAUGUGUUCUGUGGAACAUUGUAUCAGCUUACACUGUCUUUAUUCGUGAACCAUGAUACUCUCUAAAAUACUAAUAGCGUGUUGUUUGGCUUUUGACGUUAGGUUAGGGACGAGUCAUAAGAUACUAAGUACUCUACGCUGUAGUAUUUGUUACUGUAAUACAUUUGUUUUUGUUGAGUUUUUGCCAUAAUUAUAAGAAAGGAGUUUAUAAAUUAAAUAUUGCUACAAGGUUUAAUACAUGUAUGCAAACUGAGGCUUGUCACGAAAAUCCUUUCAUGAAAAUGUCAAAUUUAAUAAACCAUUAUUAAUUA